AUGAGCACCAUCGUCCCUGCUGACCCUCCUGAUCGGAGCAGCCAUUCGAAUGGGCUGAUUGGCCGAUUCCUGGAUCUCCAUCUCUCCUUGAAGCCGCCUAUCGAGCUGUACCCCGCCACUGACCAGCCGCAUCGCGAUGGAGAUCGAAACAACACCAUCUUCCUCCCUAGCUACCGACCAGCCCUUCGUACCACCGUUCCUGUCAAAUACUACGUCAAGGUCGGCAAGUUCUUUGCUGAGGAUAGCUAUCUGGUUACCUUCCGCUUCACCGAGCAUGAGAAUGCGUCCAUCCAUGCGGCUCGUUCCGACGAAGCAGCCAACAACGUACGCUUUGAAGCCAAGAAGCAGUACGCUUUCUUAGUUCUCGCGGACCAUCGCCGCCAGAUGCUGUGGGACAGAGAUUGGGAGUGUGCCAUUUGCAAGCAGCCAGCAGUUACGCUCCACAUGCUCGUUAUUCUCAGCGACCAGAACUUGAACCCACGCGCCCCCUCGGUCUUGUGCAAUGCCGCCCCGAUCUGCAGCCGCGAGGCAGUGAGCGCUUGCCGCGAAGCCGCUGGAGUCAUGCUCAAGAAGAAGGUCAAGGUCGACUACUCUCCCGUCAUUGGUGAGGAGGCAGACUGGUAUUGCGAGAACUGCGGUACAGGCAAAGAUAUCAAGUUCUGUGGUCUCUGCGGUAGCGUUGGUUACUGUUCUAAGGAGUGCCAACGUGCCGGCUGGGCUGAGCAUAGGAUCUUCUGCAAGGGUUAUGUCCCAAAUGACAAAAAUCAGCUCGCUGAGGAGGGACUAGUGAAGGAGGACACGACCGAGGAGAUCGAAGAAAUUGAGCGAGCUGAUAGGAUUCAGAAGCUUGAGAGAAUUGAGGACCUCAUCCGUGAAACUUAUCCGUUUAGUGUGGUGAUUAACAUCACCAAGGACGAGGAUAAAGGCGGCGACGCUACCAUGCUCCUCUUCUGA